AUGUCAUGUGUUGACAACCUAGAUGAUGCUUCACCAAGUUGUGUAGAGCCAACUAGUUCAAUUUGCUUUGAUAAGGAAGAGCUUUCUGAAGCAACUGGAACUAAACUAUUUCCUCCAUUGAGUUUUCUAGAUGCACUUGGGAACUCUGUAGACCUGCCUUUCUUGGGGCUAGAAACUCAAAUUCCUUCACAGCUGUCUUUUUCAAUGGGUGAAUCAGUAUCUCUACCUCCACUUUCUUCUCUUCUUGCAACUGCCAGGCAAUCUAGCUGUUUGACAUCAAAAUUGCCCCAUAAUAUUGACCAUGUCCCCCUUGUAGACUUUCCUCCUCUCCUGCCUGAGCCAUUGGUCAGGUUGCCACUGCCAUUGCAAUUUCCCAUACCAACAUCACAGCAGAUCGUGACCUUUUCGCCUUUAACAUGUGACCCAAUUGUUCAUGUCCCCAUUAUUGAAGUUUGCUCCUCCGGCCAAGGGUAUCUGGUCAGUGCGGGCCCUACCAUGUCGACAACUAUUCCAUCAUUAGGCUCAGAUCUUGUGAACCCUCUGAUAUCAGAUGUGGAAUCAGCGGUCGAAAAAGGUGCUAGGGAGACACUUCGCUUGCUCAUCAGUAGUUCCAACCAGCCUAAUCCACAGCUGCUUGAUGUAUUUCCCUCUAUGCUGGCCAGCAGCAACCAUAAGCAAAACAUACUUGCCAUCAGCAAUGGUAUCACAGCUAUGGGCAUGGUUCCAUUCUCAGAGAAAUCUUUUGAAGGUAGCAUUGGCAAAGGAUGCAUUAGCAGAGAUGAUUCUGUUGAUCAAAAAGAGAAGCCUGCUGGUUUUGGGCCGUCGUUCUUUGAAGAUUAUUGCUCUAACUCAAGAGAUGAAAAGACGAACUGA